GGAGGAGGAGGAGGAGGCAGGUAACUCAUGUGAGACACAGGUGAGGAUUCUCUCCAGCGCCCUGCACUCGUCUCUGAGCAGUAGGAAAGCUGCAGCUCAUCAUGGUGUAGUAUGGUUCUGACAUACGGACUCUAUUCUGGAGGCCCAAAAUGCUUUGGAUGCUCUGUGUCUGGUUAGUGGCUCUGUUUUCCACCUUCGCCAGAGGACACAACUCACUGGAUGCAGGAUACACCCUCUCACCAUCAGGGUACCAUGUGUGUCCCGGGAUCGAGAUCGUUCCCAUGACUACCAUGAUCUCCUAUAAGAGCGCUUACACCCAGAUGGUGCCGUGUGGCGGGUGGCUGCCAUGGAAAAUGUGUAACGUCACACAGUACAGCACCGUGUACCAGACUCAGGUCAUCAACACGGAGAAACAGGUGAUGAAGUGCUGCGAAGGCUACGAGCAAGUGGGCAGUUACUGCGCUCUGGCCCUUAACAGGAGUUCAGAGUUCACGGCUAAACCUGGGGUUUGUCCUGUGCAUCCUGUCUCGGGAUCGGGUUCACAGUGUCACUGCGACAUGGACUGUCCCGGCUGGCAGAAAUGCUGCCGGACAGAAACCCAGUCGCUCUGUGUGGAGCCUCAGACACAUGUGAACAUGAGCUCAUGGCUGAACGUGACAGUAACGGUGAAAGCAGCGUUCAGUUUGGUGAACACGAGCAGUGGACUUGUCAACCACACACGUCUGCUGCAUUCUGUGGUCACAGGAGCUCUGAGCCCUCUGCAGUUCUCAGUGUAUCACACACACUCGUGGUCUUCAGGAUGGUUCAGCACGUCCUCAUGUCUGCUGCUCGGCUCGUCUCAGCUCCUGUCCUUAACCUACAUCUCUGACACACUUCUGCUCCUGCUGGAGAACAUAGAGGAGGUGACGGCCGUGGAUGUCAGGGAUGUGGAUGAGUGUGCCACACCCGUGCUGAGGGACUGCUCUCCCCUGGCCUACUGCAGUAAUACUCUGGGCUCCUAUAACUGUGUGUGUGCUGCUGGAUCCACUGAUCUUCAGCCCAGCAGGCCGGGAACACAGUGCAUGAAUACAUCCUCCUCCUCCUCCUCUUCCUCCUCCUCCUCUUCCUCCUCCAGUUCAGGCUCCUCGGAUUGGAGCGUAAUCAGCUUUGGGCCACUGAGGAAACCUCCUCGGCAAAUUAUCUCCACUACUUUGUCCACUACUACAUCCAGUACACCGCCUACUACAUCCUCCACCACUAUCUUCAACACUUCCUUCACUUAUCCACCUCCUGUCACUCCAUGCAGCUCUAAUUCCAGCUUGAUUCCUGGGCUCAGUGUUCCUGAGAUAGCCAACCUCUGGGCCAAACACGUCACAAGCUCCUCCUUCACCCUGUUGUGGGACGUUCCCUCUCAGACCAACUUCACGUCAAGCCUCGUCCUCUUCCACGGGACUCAUCAGCUGGGCACCUGGGUAACGACUUUCUCCAAUUGGACAUGGACCGACCUUCAGCCUGGGGUUCUGUACACUGCUCAAGUGGCCCUGUGUAUGUGUGGUUACUGUGGAAACGCCACCGAGCUGAAGGUAAAGACAGAUGCACAGACUCUAGAAGCGGUUGUGCGAAUAACCAAUAUAAACUUCAUUGAGGCUCUGUGGAACCCGAACAGUGAAGAGUACAAGAUGUUUACUGAAAAAGUCAGGAAUGAGACUCUUCAUUCUCUUCCUCUCUGGAUCCUGGACUUGGUUCUCUCUGGGAACGUGUUAGUGUUAAUCACUAAUCUGUCUCCAGGCAGCGUCGUGGUCACGUUUCACCUCAUGUUCCUUCCAAACAGCACGCAGGACAUCUACAGCAUCGCCAAUAAUAUGAUGGAGUCCCUGCAGAAGAGCACGCAGUUCUCCAUUGACCCAAACUACACCAGGAUCAUAGAUGUGAAUGAGUGCGCUCUGGGCGAGGUGGACUGUUCCCCGUGGGCCGACUGUGUGGACAGGUUCGGUUCGUACACCUGUAUGUGUCACUAUGGUUACACUGAUGCAAACCCCGUGAGGCCGGGACGCACCUGCCAAGCCAACAGCAUGACGACUUCCACUUCUUCUCCAAACACCACAAGUCCAUCUACAGAGGUCACCUCUACAACACUCACUAUGAGCUCUCUCAGCGAAAACACAACACCCUCUUCAUCAUCAUCUACCUCCACAAACUCCAUACCUGUAACACAAGGCAUCAAUAUAACGGUCAGUUCAUCAACAGCAGAGCCAUCUGUUAACCAGACCACCGAAUUAACAACCACACCAUCCACCUCAUCUUCUUCUACACCACCAUCCUCCACUUCCAUCACCCAAACCACUGAAGCGACAGACUUCUCCUCCACGCCACUCAUCUCUCACGUGGAGUCCAUCACGGUGGAGUGCGGUCCCGGGUUCAUGGUCGUAUCCGUGUCACGAUCUUUCCUGGAGCUGAAGCACAUCUCCGAGUCGUCGCUGUACCUGGGCGUGCCCAGCUGUAACCUGACUGAGGGGAACGUCACCCACGUCAGGCUCUUCGUGGCCUGGGGAACAUGUGGAACUCAACUGCGGAAUAACAGCCAGAACAGCACAGUGCAGGUGAUUCUCUAUAACACAGACGCUCGGCUCCAGGUUCCUGUCAUCUGCACUUACAUCAACAAUUUCAUCAUCUCCACAGGAUACAGUUCCUCCGGGUACGAUAUGAUCAACAAUGUGGUGGAGGGAUCUGUGAUGUACCACGUGACGGUGCGAUUGUUGAACGGGACGUACCCUCUGCCUGAGAACUACACCCUGUCCCCUGAAGAUGAGGUCAUCAUCGAGGUGGGGCUGAGCUCCAACAUGUCACAGAUUAAAGUGGUCAUUAAUAAAUGCUGGGCCAAUCCCAGCAACAACCCGACCGAGCAGCCCAACAACGUUUUCCUCGAAAACAGUUGUCCCGUCCCGAACAAAUACACCACGGUGGUGGAGAACGGUGAAUCCACUCGCUCUCUGCUGGCUGUAAAUCUUUUCCAGCUGGUGGAUUUUGAUGUUAUUUACCUGCACUGUCAGAUUCAGAUCUGCAUCGAGACGUCCACAGCCACGUGUCGCCCUGAUUGUAACGCGGUUCCCCGGCUGGCGAGAACCUCCAGAGGUGCUAACGUGAUCGGGAUGGCCAAAGCCUCGUGCGGUCCUCUACUGAAGUCACAUCUGGAAGUCACCCUGCAGGACGCAGUGUGGAACAUGCGCACUCUCGGCUUCAUCCUCUUGGCGUUGGGAGUGUGUGUGUUGGCGCUCGGAGCCGUGGUUGUGGUUAUGUUCUGCAAACGCAGGAUGGGAAACUACAACUUCCAGUUCAAAUCACAUGAGGAGAACUUCACCUACCACGUCUUCAACACCUGAACACGUGAACACGUGAACACGUGAACACCUUCAGUCCUGCACUCGCACCAUCACUGUCCUUCCUUUACUCUGCUUAUAACAAUACUGAACAAGCUGUAGCAUGCUGCUGUGUGUUAGUCCAGGCGAAUAUUACCAUUACUAUUGCUGAGCAAUAUUUACAUCCUCAUCCUCAUCAUCAUCAUCAUCAUCCUCAUCAUCAUCAUCAUCAUAUACAACAUGCUUUCUCUUUCACUGGUGUCGAUUUUAAUUCAUCUGUUUUUUCCUUCUAAUUUAAUCUCUCUGUAUUUUAAUCUCUUUUUAAUCUCGUCAGCUUUCCUCUGAAUCAUGUAUAAUUCCUCUGCUGCAUUACUAAAUAAAUUUACAGUGUAAAUCUAUAACCUUAUAAUGUUUUUAAAAACAAAGUGAUAUAUGAAAACAAUUUACAAUUUAUUAUGAUUAUUAGCAUCAUUACUAUAAUAUCAUUAUAUUUUGUAUACUUAUUGUUCAGAGUUGAAUAGUGUACUGUACAAUUCA